AUGCAAUACCACACCGAACUUAGCCAACAUCUCUCACUGCCAAAAGAUAGGUGCCAAACACCUCUUAACAAUCCACAGAAGGCAAACCCCGCCAUCAAAAAAAUUCUCAUCCGUCUCUGUUUAUCUCUUCACCCUCACGACGUCAGGUGUGUGUUCUUCCCUGACUCCGGCAACAGCACACACAAGCAGCGCACCACCACCUGUCUCCACCAAAUAUGCAAUCGACGCCCUGGAAGUCCACCUUUCCCGUCACACACAAGUAGCCCUAACUCGAAGAUCUCCCCGGCUUUGAAAAUCGAGGAUGGCACGGGGAAACACGCGUUUAUUUGGUUAGGGUUUACAGAGAGGAACAAGGCAUUUCAUUUCAAUGUGGCAUUGUCGGAUCAUGAGAAGUAUGUGAAGAGAGAGAUUGAGAAGGAUGUCGAUGUAGCCAGCGACGAGAGUCAUAUUAAUAUCCAUCCUGCUGUAAAUCACAGAUUGAAGGAGCGUGAAACCAUUCGAAUCACUGUAAAAAACAAACCUGCAAGUGGAGCUGUGAUGCUUUCAUCUGCAGGAUUAUCUGAAAAGAUUAAGCCACUCAGCCUUGCUCCUCCACCCGAGAAGGUUAAGUCUAAGCGUCUAGGCCUUGAUCCUCCACCAGUUGAUUCCGGGAAAAUUAGGUCUCCUAUCCCACCUCCACCCAAUGAUCCUACUGCUGUUCGGAUGACUUCUACAACUCAUAACAUUGAUGCAAGGAAUUCUACAGAUGCUUUCACAGAUUUCUCUCAUCUCAAGGUAUGUCCAAACAAGCACCAAUCUGAAGCAGAAAACUUUCAUAAUGGGCGCCUUUUAGAGAGUGAGACAUACAUUGGUGGCCAUGUGGAUUGUUUGGAAACUGGUGUCUUCAGAUCCGACCUUCCAACUUCUUUCAAACUUGAUUCAUCUGCUUUCACUCAACUUAUCGAAAACCUUGAUCGGGAUCUUCAUUAUGCUAUUAAAGUGGAGGGUAAAAUGGACAUGUAA